AUGUCUAGUGAGAUGUACGAAGGGAUUGACAACCUGAAAUCCCUUUACGACCGUUCCGGGAAGACUUUCUCCGGCGGUCCUUCUGCGGCACAGGAUGUGCCGCGUCGUACUGCUCAAUCAGACCCAGUACGUCAACCAUCAGUUGGGAGCGGGGCUCCCAAGUAUCCCAGGACGGGGGAUAGCCGCGCCACCGGACGAGAUAACUCGUCCGACGUCCGUUCACGUCGCGGUGGUUCAACAGCUGCUCAACCAGAUAGCGCUGGCCACCGCGAGAGUCCUCUAAUGGAGGUGGAGGAGGAGGGAAAACGCUCUUCACACAAUCGUGGGGAAGCGUGUGUUCCCAAGAGCUUCUUUGAUCGCGUAACGCAAGGGUUACGCGGCGAUCUCGAACAUGAGCGGGACAGGCGUCUCCAAAUGGCGGACACUGUCUUGAAGCAUCGAGCUGAGUUUGCCUUUGCUCAGCUUGAGAACAAGAGAGCUCUGACAUCUCUUCGUGACGAGCUAAGGGUAGCUCGUGGGAUUGUUGAUCGGUCUCGGGAUGAGAUAACUGCUCUUCAGACCCUUGUCGAUGCCCACCAUCGGGAGCACAAGGCUCUCUGCGAGAUACUUGAGCGCAAGGGCGUUCUUCAUCGGAAGAAGCAGCGUACUGAUGGUACGGCUUAA